CACCAUCCCACGCUGGCUCCGACAGCUAUCCAUUUCCGUUAGCAACCAUCCUCGUCUCCCUAUAAAUAUAUUCGGACUCUCCUUCCGCGCUUCGUCCCGGUCCUCCGAAUUAGGGUUUUUCUCUGGUUUUCUUCCCCUCCUCGGUAUCCACCCGAGAAAAGACCAGGGAAAAACCUCCGAUCUCCGCCAUUAAAUCACCUUUCGAGCUCUCAGUCUUCAACUUUCUUCCCUUCUCCGUCAUCAGAUUUGAGGGUGAAAGUAUUGGAUCUUGAGGCGGAAGAUGGGGGCGCUGGUGUCAAGGUUUUGGUUCAUGUUGUUCCCCGCGAAGGAGUACAAGAUUGUGGUGGUUGGGUUGGACAAUGCCGGGAAGACGACGACUCUUUACAAAUUGCAUCUUGGAGAUGUCGUCAACACGAGUCCUACCAUUGGGAGCAACGUCGAGGAGGUUGUUUACAAGAACAUAAGGUUUGAGGUUUGGGAUCUUGGGGGACAAGAUAGACUGAGAGCCUCCUGGGCAACAUAUUACCGGGGAGCUCAUGCUGUCAUUGUUGUGAUAGAUAGCACUGACCGUGCUCGGAUCUCCAUCAUGAAGGAUGAGCUCUUCAGGCUGCUUCAGCAUGCAGACCUUGAGCACACCGUGGUGCUCGUAUUUGCUAACAAACAGGACCUCAAGGAUGCAAUGUCUCCAGCUGAGAUCACUGAUGCCCUCUCCCUCCAUAGCAUCAAGAACCAUGACUGGCACAUCCAAGCUUGUUGUGCUCUCACCGGUGAGGGAUUAUAUGAUGGCCUGGGAUGGAUAGCCCAGAGAGUACCCGGGAAAGCAACAGCAACCUAAUUUGGACUCAGAUGAUGCUUGUCUUGUAUUUUGUUUAAUGCGAACAAAUUAAAGGUCAAGAGAGAACAGGUUUUCUCCCAUGUAAACCAAUCCAUGGCCUCAUGCUGCAAACGAAAGUAACACAUUGUUUAUAUUCUCAUCAGUUUGUGGGAAAAAAGUGCACAUCUUCUGCCUAUGUUUCUCUCUUUCAUGUUGCAAAUGAAAAUGACACUAUCUGAUUAGUCUGAAAA